GGUGAAUUGUAUAAACUUUAUAAACAACGUUUAUAAAUGCAGUAUUUUUCCCGCGUUACAAAUCGCUGCACCUGCACGCCACGCGCUGAGUCCAAAGGUGAAUUUGUUCUCUACCUGCGCUAACUUCCUGUGAACGCGUCAGAUCCGACUCGUUUGCCUGAAACUCACGCUGGUUGAGUCGCCUACGGUUUAUUAAUACCUGCCGUGUUGCCCAGUUAUUAAAACAUGGGAAAGGAAAUUAUGAGAUGCUCAUAUUUGGGAGUUUAGCCGAAGUGAAGGUGGUUUAUGUUUUAUAUUUCGACUGCGUCUUUGUUUUAUUACUUCCGGAAAAUCCGCACAGUCAGGCUGCAGGCGGCCAGCACAGCGCAGCUGUUGGGCGUGAGUUUCUUGUUUUCAUGCAGUGGCUGCUGGGAGUCUGACUGCACUGCCAGCAUCUGAGAAACUUGGGUGUAGAUGAAGCGGCUAGCAGAUUGUUCUCUUUCUGGAUUGGAAAUAUUUGAUUGCUUCUCAUCUAAUGAAGCUGAUGUAGAGUUUGCAAGCUGAGAAAGCGGCAUUAGCUCUCCAGCCCUUGCGGACAUCCAGCUUAACUUCUUCAGGCCAUGAUGGAACCCAAGGCAUCUCCACCGGUGGGUGGCGUAACGUGGGCGCGGGUGUGUAAGGAAUGUGGACAGUGUCAUGAUGGUCGGGACAGUCACCUGUUUGAAUAUCAGGAUGAGGUGGAUGACGAGCUGGUGUGCCACAUCUGCCUCCAGCCUCUGUUGCAGCCCAUGGACACACCGUGUGGCCACACGUACUGCUUUCACUGCCUCAGCAACUUCCUGCACGACCAGGACUUCUGUCCCGUCGACCGCCAGAGGCUUCAGCUACAGCAAUGCCGUGCCUCCAGCCUACUGGUGCGCAACCUACUGCACAAAUUGGCCGUGCUGUGCCCAUUCCGCAGCGAGUGCCAGCAGAGCAUGCAACGCUGCGAACUGCAGCCCCAUCUUCACAACAGAUGUCCUGCAUUCAGACGACUCAGGGAAGAGGCGGAGAGAAAAAAGAGACCCUCCUGGAACGAGUUAAAGGGAAGCAAAUCAGAUGGAGAUUUAUCUGACGCCAAGUCUACCCCGAUCGCACGCACAGGUCAACUCGGUGGACCCUCAGAACCUGGACUGGUCAAUCCGGCAUUUGAAGAGGGUGAAGCUGACACCCCUCUGAGGUCCAGUCUUGUGGCAGAGGCGACUGUGGUGGAGCUGCUUCGAGAGGAUCCAGAUGAGGAUCUGGGAUUGCGUAUAGUAGGAGGGAAGGACACACCCUUGGGCAACAUCGUCAUUCAGGAGAUUGUGCGUGAUUCACUGGCUGCACGGGAUGGCAAGCUGGCUCCUGGAGAUCAUAUUCUAGAGGUCAUUGAUGUCAGUUUGGCAUCCAUCUCCCACAGUCGUGCCAUUGCUGUGCUUCGACAGUCAAGUUCCCGCGUCAGGCUAACUGUCAUGCAGGAGAAGGGCUUCAAGCCCCGGCCUGAGCAUCUUGCUCAACCCUCAGCUUCUCCCCCGUCACAAUCACCCAAUCCUAACCAGAACCACGGCACCAUCAUCCAAGUCACCCUGGUAAAGCGUGAGCGCUCUGAGCCGCUGGGCAUCAAACUCAUCCGUAAGUCUGAGGAGCCAGGAGUCUUCAUCCUGGACCUGCUGCCUGGGGGACUGGCUGCCAAAGAUGGCAAACUGAGGAACAAUGAUAAAGUGCUGGGCAUCAACGGACAGGACCUGAGACAUGGCACCCCAGAGAGCGCAGCUCAGAUCAUACAGGCAUGUGAAAUGCGCGUGAACUUCGUUGUGAUGAGACUUCCUGAUCUCUCGGAGGAGGGUGGUGAGGGCCAGAGCAGAGGAGCCAGGAGGGUCCCGGAACUGCAGUACUUCAAGCGUCGAUCCGAAUACAUGAAGGAGCCUCCCGUUGGGUUCUCCAGUCAAGAGAAGACAGUGAGUCUAAAGAAGGAGCCUCGACACUCUCUAGGCAUCACCAUCGCGGGUGGGAGAGAGUGCCGCAGCCGUUUGCCCGUCUACAUCACUAGUGUGCAGCCGGUGGGCUGCCUACACAGAGACGGCACUGUCAAAACAGGUGAUGUAUUGCUGAGUAUAAAUGAUAUCGACCUGACCCAUCUUACCUACAAUGAAGCGGUGACCAUCCUAAAGACUCAGGCAGCUCAGAACACAGUAACACUGCGAGUUAUCCAAACCUUUGCUGAGGAGGAGGAACAGGACGGAGAAUCCAGCACCAGAGAAGACAUGGAAACACUGGAGGGACCCAAAGAGGAUGACAUUAACUGGGCUCCUCUCUGGACCCGCUGGUUGGGCCUGCCCAGUUACAUCCACUGGUGUCGUGAUAUUAUGCUGAUGAAGACCAACAGUGAGAGCUGGGGCUUCAGUAUCGUGGGAGGAUAUGAGGAGAGUCGUGGCCAGCAGCCCUUCUUCAUUAAAACCAUAGUGCCUGGAACACCAGCUCACUUUGAUGGACGCCUCAAGUGAGUCUCCUGUGCUCUUUAACAAAAUUACCAU